AGACUUGCAAACGGCCUAACGGGAAAAGCUAGCAAGCCCAAAAUGGCUGAACUGCGCAUCGGUUCCUGUCGUGCCGAUGAGCCGCCGCUACCAGCCGGACUGGGGGAACGGCGGCCAGUCUCAGCAAGCAGCUGUUCUUGAGCCCGGGGAAUGCGGCUCAGAAGGCUACUGGUCAGGCUGUGGGGAUUGCAGCGCCCUCCAGUUGCUUCCUCCACCCUCAUGCUGCUUCUCUGCCUCUUCUGGCUGAUGGGCAUUGGGGAAAGCUUGGCCUUAGUGCCCGGCCUGCUACUCAAGCCUUUCCAUGCCUACCGCCUGGUGACCUACUGCUUGUGCCACACGGAUGCCACCUGCCUUCUCUUCAAUGUGAUGCUCUUCCCACUGCUGGGAUGGCAUCAGGAGCUGCAUCUGGGCACACUUUGCUACCUCUAUGCUUCACUCCUUGGAGCCACCAUCUCAGCUCUUCUGUACCUCCUGCUAGCUGGACUGUGGGGUGCCCAGCCUGCAGCUGCUGUUGGUGGCUACACACCCGUGCACCUAGCCAUGCUGGGGUACUACCAAAGGCAACAAAAGCGGAGGGGGAUCUUGGGAGCAAUUCCAGCCACUCUUGUGGCUGGGGUGCUGCUUGUGCUCAGCCAACUUCUGUUGCCCAGCUCUCCUUUCCUCCUGCAUGCCAGUGGGUUGCUGACAUGCCUAGCUUAUUGUGCUGGAUUUUUCUUCCCAUUGGAACUGUCAGAGAAAAGCCUGGAAAGGUGGCACAAUGGGAUCAUCUGCAGGACUCUGGCAGGGGUCUCUUUCCUCCCUUUUGUCAUGCCCCCAACAACUGGACUUCUUCCAAUAGCUGACCCAGCACCCAGAACUGAAAGAAUUCCUUCUGUUCUGGAACUUCAAGCCCAACCAGUCUUCCCAAGAGUUUUUCCCAGCCGACCUCCAACUUCAUCUGCCCCUUAUUGGAGAGGAGAAAACAUAGGACUGGAGCAGGAAUCCAGGCUGCCAUACACACCUGUUUUUCCAUCUCCCUUCCCAGGCCCCUCUGGGGCUUCAAACAUUCCCUUUUCAGUCCUGCAUGAAUCCCUGGUUGAUGAAGAGAUGCUACAGGCUGGAAUCCAAGCCUCUUUGCAAGAUGUGACUGAUGGAGAAAUAAAGCUAUCAAAAUCAUCUGUCUCUUCUCUCCGGCUGCAGCAGCUCCAGAAGAUGGGCUUCCCAACAGAGCAGGCAGUGGUGGCUCUGGCAGCCACAGGCCACGUAGAAGGUGCCGUCUCCUUGCUGAUCGGAGGCCACGUGGGAGAUGCAGCUGUGGUGACUUCAGAGAGCCAUUCCGCUCACCACAAACUGAUGGGUCCCAACCAGUGAGUAAACAGAGGAAGGAAGUCUCUGCUUCUGAUACUGCUAAGUUCUGGGCAGGAAACAACCAUAUCCGGGAUGAAUCUAUGUGCUUCAUGGAAUCCACUGAGGAAGAAUAAAGCAGGAAGACCAACAAGGAGCAAAGCUGAGAUGAAGGUUCAGUUGCAUGGAAGCAUUACAGUUUAUGGCCAGGCAGGGGCAAAACAAGCUGUUGGCUUCAUGGCAGAAUUCCAGGUGCUCCAAGCUAAUAAAGAAAUCUUCCCAGGGGAAAUACAGCUCCUUCCUUCCACCAGCCUAGACUCCUGAAAUGACAGGAUCUGAGAUAUGGAUACCAACUACCCAUUGGUUUUUCUGAUUGCAGCAUUCCGCCCCCCCCGCGCUUUUCAAAAGCAAACGUGUCCUUUGCUUCUUAUGUGCCAAGGGAAAGAAGCUGCAAUCGGGAAGACCCUUGAAGAAACAAAAUACCAUUAUCCCACCCCUUCCAUUCAAGAAGAGUGUAACACUACAGAAUACAUGUCCACUUGGGUUGUUAAAUUCAACUUUUAUUUCAGCAACCUUUGUGUUUGCCGUGUAGCGCUCCCACCACCGUCUGCUACUGCUUGAGUUGCCUGCAGGAUCAAGUACCCAUUCUCUCAGAUGAGUAAAUCCACCUGUAAAUGUCUCAUGACCACCUGGAGCUCAGAGAGGCUGAUAAUGUGUGAUCCUGGAAUGGAUUACCGGAGAGAAUCCAAGGGAUUUAAUAGUGUUUAAAAUCCUACUGUCUUGAAUUAAAGGACUUCAAAACAUAA